UUCAUCCUGUGGGUUCAAGUGAGAGAAACAGAGACCAUGGACGCCCGAUGGCUUGACUACCCUGCCUCCGGAGACUUGCCAGAUGAUGAAGACGUUGGCAGAUUUGGGCCUCACUUAACUUCUGAUGAGUUAGAUAUAGAUGAGACAUCUGGGUCUGGAGACUACUCAGACUCUGAAGAUGCCAUAUAUCUGACCACUGUGGAUACUCCAGUGAUAUCUGACAACUAUAUCCCUGGAGAUACUGAGAGAAAGAUAGAAGGUGAGAAGAAAAACACAAUGGUGGACAAUGAAAUCAUUCCAGACAAAGCUGUACCUGUCGAAGAGAACCUGUCCAACAAGAUCUCCAUGGCAAGCACAGCCAACAGCAGCAUCUUUGAAAGAACAGAAGUCCUUACAGCUCUCAUUGCAGGAGGGGCGGUGGGCCUCCUGUUUGCCGUCUUCCUGAUCCUCCUCUUAAUCUAUCGCAUGAAGAAAAAGGACGAAGGCAGUUACGACCUCGGGAAGAAACCAAUCUACAAGAAGGCCCCUACAAAUGAGUUCUAUGCUUAAAGCUCAGCAGCACCUUAUGCCCAUCAAGGGACAAACAGACUGUAUGGAAACACUGUGCCCUCAGAUGAGAUGUGCUGAACAAAUGCUUUUUUUGGAUUGAAUUUCAAAGCGACUUCAAGAAAAAAACAAACUUCCUACAUGACCCUUCCCAUCCCACUCAGCUAACAAGGGCCCAAUGAAAUACAAAGAGUCUGAAAAAAAA